AUGGUUGACCACCCAUACAGCUUCAAGAAUCAGACCACUGGCUGGAGCCGACAGAAUACUUUUAGUGCCAUAAGACUCUUGGACUACUGCAUACUAAGCAGCCAGAUAAGGUGCCACUCAAAUGCUGUGAUGGGCCUCCGCGUCAGGUACUCGUGUCUCCCGGGUGCUUCUGAUUUGGCCCUGCAACUGAAGCCCCGUCCACAGGACCUUGGUUGGCCAAUCCACGGUUGCAAUGGCUGUCUCUUAGACCGGGCAUGCAUCAUCCCGCCCAAGGCACCAACUGCCAGACCCGAUCUUUUCUGGCCAGUCAUUGUCACCGCUUCGAGUGUUUGGAUGGGUCCGUCCGAUCUUUCGCCCCGGGGUUGCCAUCAUCACAAGGGUUAUUGCGCAGUAGCGUGUUCAGGGGCAACCAACCGACAGGCACGAAAGAUAACUAACUAUGUACACUUGGUGUAG